AUGGAGAAAGCCUUCACUUUUUUUCUCAUGGCAGUCUUGUUGCUUCACUAUGUUAUGGCUAGUUCAGCCAUGACCCAUACCAACAUCACCACUGAUCAAUUAACUCUUCUUUCUUUAAAAUCUCAAAUCAUUUCGGACCCCUUUCACUUCAUUGAUGAAAGUUGGUCUCCCACUAUUUCUGUUUGCCAUUGGGUUGGAGUCAUUUGUGGCUCUCGUCACCAGCGAGUGAAGUCCUUGAAUCUUUCCAACAUGGCUCUUACAGGCAUGAUUCCCCGUGAUUUUGGAAACCUCACAUUUCUUGUUUUGCUUGACUUGGGAAACAACAAUUUCCAUGGAUAUUUGCCUCAAGAAAUGGCAUGCUUACGUCGACUUAAGUUUAUUGAUUUAAGUCUCAACAACUUUAGAGGGGAGAUUCCUUCUUGGUUUGGGUUUUUACACCAACUUCAACAGCUAAGGCUUAGAAAUAAUAGUUUCACCGGUUCACUCCCCUCAUCAUGUUUUAAUAUUUCAAAGCUUGAAACUUUGGAUUUGACAUUCAAUUCGUUAGAAGGUCAAAUUCCAAAGGAGAUUGCAAGUGUUGAAAACCUGAGAUAUUUAAGCUUGUAUGGAAACAAUCUCAUAGGUUCUAUUCCUCCGUCAAUAUCAAAUGCCUCAAGGUUGGAGUUUUUAGAUUUAUCUCUCAAUUUACUUCGAGGGAACCUUCCAGAGGGGAUCGGCAAUCUUCACAACCUGAAUUGGUUGUCCAUACAAUAUAAUCUGCUUACAGGGAUAAUUCCACAAGAAAUCGGAAAUCUUAUUAAUUUGGUGGAGUUAGGCAUGGGGAGAAACCAGAUUACCGGCUCUAUCCCCAUCUCCAUAUGCAAUAUCUCCUCGUUGCAACUUGUUUCACUAGGGAAGAACAAUCUCAAGAGUUCCUUACCGCGGGAGAUUGGCAACUUAACCAAGAUGCAAUUUUUAUAUCUUCACGACAAUAGGUUUACUGGUGAAAUACCAAAAGAGCUAAGAAAUCUGGUUGAGUUGGAGGAAAUUGUUCUUGAAUUUAAUAGUUUUAGUGGUUCACUUCCAAUGGAGAUUUUCAACAUAUCAGGGAUGAGAACAAUUGAUCUUUCAGCCAACAAUCUAUCAGGAACUAUACCACUAAACAUAGGUUCUCUCUUACCCAACAUUGAUAGUCUUUAUCUGAGCAGCUUAACCAAUCUUGUUGGGACUAUUCCUCAUUCCAUCUCCAAUUGUUCAAAGCUUACUAUUCUAGAGCUUUCAUACAACAAACUCACUGGCUUGAUUCCCAAUUCUCUUGGAUAUUUGACGAAUCUACAGUUCCUAAACUUGGGGGGAAACAAUUUAACCAGCGACUCCUCGUUAAGCUUCAUGACUGACUUAACCAAUUGCAGAAAUUUAACAGAUCUUUAUCUAGAUUUGAACCCUCUAAACGGCAUGCUUCCAGUAUCGAUAGGGAAUCUUUCCACAUCUCUUAUUAGAUUGCACACCAGAAGUUGCAAAAUCAAAGGGCUAAUUCCAAAUGAAGUUGGAAACUUAAGCAGCCUAUUCGACCUUGAUAUUUCUAAAAACGACUUGUUUGGAUCCAUUCCCACAUCAAUUCAUAACUUGAGAAACCUUCAGCGGUUGUACUUAACUAAUAACAAAUUGACAGGAGUUAUUGGAGAUUAUAUAUGUAAAUUGCAGCGUUUGGGUAUUAUUCACAUAGGUCAAAAUCAACUUUCUGGAUCUAUUCCGAAUUGUUUAGGGAAUAUUACUUCCCUUAGGGAGAUAUAUCUGGAAUACAAUAUUUUGAUUUCCAAUAUACCAGCAAGCUUAUGGAAUCUGAAAGAUCUAAUGGAGCUUGACUUAUCAUCAAACAACAUGGUUGGUUCUUUACCUUCAGAAAUUGUAAAUCUAAAAGCUGCAACACAUAUGGAUCUGUCGAUGAAUCAAUUCUCAAAUGGAAUUCCUAGAGAAAUUGGAGGAUUGCAAAAUCUAGCUUACCUUUCUUUGAGACACAACAAGUUGCAAGGAUCUAUACCUGACUCAAUGAGCAACAUGGUAGGCUUGGAGAUCCUAGACAUUUCUCAUAAUAAUUUAUCAGGAAUCAUUCCUAUGUCUUUGGAGAAACUUCAAUACCUGAACUAUUUCAAUGUUUCUGCCAAUAAAUUGUACGGUAAAAUACCCUCGGGGGGUCCUUUCAAGAACCUCUCGAGUCAGUUUUUCAUCGACAAUGAAGCAUUGUGUGGUUCUUCAAGGUUUAGUGUCCCACCAUGCCCCACAUCAUCAAAGCACAGAUCAAAUAGGAAAAAAAUAAUUGUUCUAUUUCUUAUGCUGGGAAUUGCACUUGUAUUUGUUCCUAUUACCCUAGUGUUUGUAUGGAUAAGGUAUAGAAGAGGUAAACGUGUUCCUCAACGAGCUGAUUCAUUGUCUGUCGUAACAAGAGAAAGAAUUUCAUACUAUGAACUGCUCCAAGCAACUGAUGCGCUUAACGAGAGUAAUCUGAUUGGUUCUGGAAGUUUUGGUUCCGUUUACAAAGGCGUUCUCAGAAGUGGGACUGCCAUUGCAGUUAAAGUGUUUAAUCUGCAACAAGAAGCGGCAUUCAAGAGUUUCGAUACAGAAUGUGAAGUUUUGCGGAGCCUUCGCCAUAGGAAUCUCGUGAAAGUCAUCACGAGUUGUUCCAACCUUGAUUUUAAGGCUUUAGUGCUUGAGUAUAUGCCUAAUGGAAGUCUUGAGAAAUAUUUGUAUUCGCACAACUACUUCCUAGACAUCAGGCAGAGACUAAGCAUUAUGAUAGAUGUGGCAUGUGCGUUGGAAUAUCUUCACCAUGGUUGCUCCUCGCCCGUGAUUCAUUGUGAUCUAAAGCCUAGUAAUGUCUUGCUAGAUGAGGAUAUGGUUGCCCAUCUAAGCGACUUUGGUAUUUCAAAACUGCUUGGUGAAGAUGAGCAUGAUUUAUACACUAAAACCUUAGCAACAUUGGGUUAUAUUGCACCGGAGUAUGGACUGGAUGGACUGGUGUCAGUAAAAUGUGAUGUCUAUAGUUACGGGAUCAUGUUGCUGGAAACGUUUACUAGGAGAAAGCCUAAUGAAUUUGAAGGAGAUCUUACCUUGAAGCAAUGGGUGAGUUAUUCACUUUCUGAGGCAGUAAUGGAUGUUGUAGAUGUCAACUUGGUAACACAAAUGGAUAAUCAGUUACAGAAGGAGCUAGACGUUGUGACAUCAAUCAUGAAAGUUGCAUUAGAUUGUUGUUCUGAAUCUCCGGCUAGAAGGACAAACAUGAAAGAUGUUGUAGGGAUGCUACAAAAAAUCAAGAUUCAACUUCUUGCAUAUUGAGCAUGGUACUAGAAAUUUUAUUCAAUAACUUGUUUGUUGCAAAUGUUUGCCUUUUUUGUUUUUGCACACGUGUUGUACAAUAAAUCCUAAUUACAAUAAUUUCUAAUAUUUCCUCUUAAAAUUGGUGGAUGACAAUUAAUAUUACUUUCUAUUUCAUUUUUUUA